AAAAAGUUGGGACAUGAGUGAGUGACUAAAACAACAACAAUCAAUAUUUAAAAAUACAUGCAACAUGGUAGGUGUCAGCCAGAGUACAGCCUUCGACUGGACCAUCUGUCUGUGCUUUCAGCUGAGACGCACUCACACAGAGAACUCAUGGAUCCCAGGCAGCUGCUUUGGAACCAAACCACACCAACCAGGCAAGAGACAGCACGGGGUCCUGGAGUGCCAGAGCCAGGGGUGGCCUCCCUGUGGCACGGGGUGGGGGGUGAGACGGACAGUGGGCCAAAGUGAAGGGACGUGCCCAGCAUCACACCGGUCUCCUGCCCCCAGCUCGGGGCGGCCUUACUCCUAGGCCUAUUGCCCAAUCCCCGUUGCCUCUUAGUCACUGGUAUUUUGGAAUGUUGGCUAACACCGGGUGCCUAGCAAAGGAAGAGACAGGCCCCUUUCAGGAAGGCCUCAGCCCCUGCAUGUCGCCAGCAGGCCUUGGGCAAGGCUGCGUGUUUACCACCUAAAAGGGGCUGCAAGUGGCAGAGGAUCUGAGAAGGGACAAUGGCAGGGACUUGGAAGGCCCUGGUGCUUGUGGCAGGCUUGGCGGCUGUGGCCUGCGUGGCCCAGCGCAGUCUGAGCUAUGACGAGAUUGUCAUCCAGGCCCUGAAGUUCUUCAAUCAGGGGCGGCGAGGUCAGCGCAUCUUUGGCCUGCUGGAAAGCACCCCGCCGCCACCUGACUUGAACUCCACCACCAUCCCGCUCAACUUCAGGAUUAAAGAGACUGUGUGCUUUCUGUUCCGGUACCGCCGUCGGCCCCGACAGUGUCCUUUCAGGGAGGGCGGGGUGAGUCGUCCAUCCAUCUCCUGGCUCCCUGCCCCAGUGAGCAGGACAAGGAACUCCCCUUCUCUCUCACCUCCUUCCCAGAGGCCGUGUUUGCUUCCACCCACUCACAGACUUGACUGUGGAAGCUUUUUAAAAAAAAUAUUGGGUUUUUCCUUAUGGCUUUUUCUUACUACAAAUUAUCAAUCCUUACUAGAAAAGCAAUACAUGCUAACAAAAUGACUAAAUAUUAAAAGAGAAAGAACAAAGGGGGACCA